AUUCUGUUUCCAGAGUUGUGAAAAUGGUGUUCUGUGAAGCGGUAAAAGAAAUUAUAUAACCACGGAGAACCGGCGGAAGAAAUACCUUCCAUCAACAUCGAAUGAUUGGAGGCAAAUUAAACUAACAAUAUAUCGUCCCAUAAGUGUGUCGAAUUUUUCGUUCAUGUUUGAAUAAAAUCCAGAAGUGAAAACGUUGCACAAGGCUAUGACGACAGGAAGUACAGGAUCAACAUUCCCCAAAUGGCAGUUAGCUCUUCUUAUCGGGGCGCCAGUGGCCAUCGGCCUUGGCUAUCUAUAUUGGCGCCAAUCGGCUGACCAAGGCAAAGGUGGCGAUAAACUUACGAAAAAGAAGUUGGCCGAAAUUAAGGACAAAACCAUUUCUCUCGACGGAGACGAUCGAUCACGUUCAUCUGAGGAAAAAAAGAAGGAAUCAAAACCGUUGACCGGCCACGAGCUUGCUCAAAAACAUAAGAACGACGGAAACGCAUAUUUCCGUGUAGGAAAGUACGAUCUCGCAAUCAGCGAGUACGAUGCCGCCAUUGAGCACUGUCCAACGUCAAAUGCGAGUGAUCGGGCUACAUAUUAUCAGAACCGUGCGGCUGCAUACGAGCAGCUGCAGAAUUGGCCUGCCGUUAUCAAGGAUUGUACGAAUGCCAUCGAAUGCAAUCCGGGAUAUAGUAAGGCUCUGACUCGUCGUGCCAAAGCCCAUGAACAGCUGAAGGAUUUAUCGAAAGCACUAGAGGAUGUUACUGCCGCAUGUAUUUUGGACCAAUUUCAGAACAGAACGACCCUCGUUAUGGCUGAUCGAAUGCUGCAAGAGCUGGGUCUGCAGCAUGGUAAAGAGGCUAUGAAGCUCAAAAAAGAAAUAUUUCCUUCAAAGCAGUUUCUAAGAAGCUACUUUAGUUCUUUCAACAAUGACCCAAUUCGAAAAAUAGUCGUAGCCAGCUCUGAACCGAAAGGGUUCAUCAAAGCCAAGCUUCUUUUUGACAAGGGUGAUUACGAAGGAAUUGUGUCGGCUUGCACUGAAGAAAUAGAAUCCAGUGAAUCGGAAUCGGAGUACAAACUGGAAGCGCUGCUGCUCAGAGGCACGUUCUACAACCUGAUUGCUAGUUACGAUGAAGCCAAGCAGGACCUUGAAGCGGUAGUUGAACUGCAGACGGCAGAUAAGCGAUUACGUUCAAACGCGCUCAUCAAGCUAGCAUCUUUGGCCAUGCAGACGCAGCACGACACACCCGGCUUCUGUUUUAAGUACUUUACCGAAGCCGAAGAGAUUGAUAGUACCAAUGGGGACAUUUAUCAUCAUCGUGGACAGGUAUUCAUUUUAAUGGACCGCAUGGAUGACGCUAUUGCAGAUUUCGAACGCGCCUACAAAUUAUGCUCUACGUCUGGCAUUAUUGCAACGCAUCUUUGCUAUGCUAAAUACCGCAUGGCAAUGCAGAAAAAAGAUGACGGAGCAAUUGCACAAAUCAAGAAAAGGUUCAAUGAAGUAAUUGAACAGUAUUCAGACUGCGUCGAAUGUUACAGUAUCAUGGCCCAGAUGCUCACCGAGGAGCAAAAAUUCGAGGAAGCGGAUGGUUACUUCGUACGAGCAUUAAAUAUUGAAUCAGAUAAUGCCCAAAUCUACGUACAUAGGGGCGUUCUACAGUUGCAAUGGAAAGGCGAUAUCGAUGAAGGUGUGAAAUUGAUUAAAAAAGCAAUACAAAUCGACAGCAAAUGUGAAUUGGCCUUCGAAACACUCGGCACUAUCGAAGUACAACGAGGCAAUCUCACUGAAGCAGUGAAAAUGUUUGACGCGGCCAUUGAGCUAGCACGAACGGAACCAAGUUUAGUUCAUCUGUUCUCCCUAAAAGACGCAGCUAUCGCACAGAUUAACGUGGCAAAGAACAUGGGGUUGAGUUUUAACAGCUUUCAGCCUAACUUUUAAAACUUUGGAUCGUUCCAAGUCGCAUCGCAGACAUUUGCUCGAAUCAGUUUGUAUCCAAUCCGACCUAGUUACGAUCUAGGACGUAUUCCAGGCAAAAUUUACAUAUUAUUUAACGUGAAACUUCACGAGUUUUUUGUUUGAAAUUCUCCUUACUUGUUCAACAUUUCCUGUGCACCGAAUUCCUGUCCAUAAAUCCGAAGCUACUCGGGUUGUUGGCUAUGUUAUUAUUGAAUAAAUCGCCUGAGAU